AAAAAUACCACGUGAGGUACCCGCUUGCGUGCACUGAUUGCAGUGCUCCCAAACUGUCCGCGUACAAAAGAAGAUAGCAUCUAGCAGAGCAUGCGCCGCUUGAAAGGCGACAGGGCAGUGACGAAGGCGUUGGCUGUGCGAUUUAGGCUAGCGAUGUGCUUCGCUCGCGGCGGUUCAUGAUAGCGAUAAGCGGACGCAGCAGCGGCACACCCGGCUAAAUGCUAUGCUCGUUUGUCCGCGGAACGCUUGGGAGCAUAUAAUUCUGGCGCAAGACUUGGCAAGACUGUGCAAACCAGCUAUUAGGUCGUGUAGAAUGGCGUUACUCACUUGAACCCGUCCGUUUCAUCCGACUGUUUUUGUUUCACUGCCUUGCGUGUUUGUUCAAAGUCUGGCGUGCGCUUCACUUCAAAUUUUGCGUGACCUAGCGCAUGGCGUUUAUUGGCGAAAGAUGCGAGUGGAGACUUUUCGCUUAUCGUGAAAGUUCACGCUGCGGCAUCCGAUGCGCUGUGCCUCGUCGUGACGAUAAAUGGGCAACGCUCCGCGAAGGAACGUCGCGACACAACACAGGCUCUGAGAUUCCGACGUGCAGCAAAAUUAGCAGUCGCCGCAGAAGCGCGCGCCGUAUGCAGUGGGUAUGAGCCAUAGGUUGCAAGGAGAACAAAAACUGCGACGCCAUGGCCGUUCCCGUGCUGUAUCCAACUCGAGAUGUCGUAUCUGGGUCACCCACGUCCCCGGAAAGCCCGAGCGCACCGCCUAGCAGGACUCCGCGAGGGUUCUACGUUUCCAACGACUGGCGAGGCGCUUCGUCGCGCACACAUUCGAAGACCAACAUAAAGAUCAAAAGCCCGUUGCUGUCGCCCGAGGAAAAGUCUGACCUGUCUGUGCCAAGCUUAGGAGAAAGCCCCAUGAUGUCGCCUCAUCUCAUGCAGACACAGUCACCAGUGGAAAUAGUGUCGCCACAGGGUUCCCGAGUGGGAUAUAGCUUAGACAGCGAUGAGAGCCACGGGCAUCACCAACGCCGCCGUCCCGGGUGGCAGCUCCUGUGGAUGCUGCUCUCGGUAGCGUUCAUCACGCUGCUCAUCCCGCUGCUCGUGUUUCUACUGCCGUACACACGCAUGGGCCACCGGCCGCCCAACUUGGACGUCACCAGAGUGUUCAGCAAGGUUAUCCUCACUUCCAGCACAUGGCCCGCCACGCAGAUGACAACGCCGGGCUUACCGAGGGAAACCUUUGACCCUGAUGAGAACUUCCUCCUGCCGCCGGGCGAGACCAUACUACAAUUCUGCAGGAGGAAGAUAGGGCCAGAGUUAGGCCCUCCACCACCCCAUUACCGGCUGCCAGCGAUGCCGCCUCACGCUACGAGCCCGAACGAUAUACAGUUGCGGCCAGUAAUCUGCGUCUUGAACGCUAAAUAUCGACGCUCCCGGGAGGAGUACCUGCCCUCCCAUCUGCCGCUAGACUACUGCUCUUCGAUCGUCGUGUACAGCUACGCGCUGCACGGGACCUCUGGCGAGAUCUUGCGGAAGUACCGGAGCGUCGAGAGCUACGCGGACGCACUGCGGACCUUGAAUGACAGCGGCCGACUCAAGCACCGCACGAAUAACAUUACCGUGUACUUCACCGUCGGGGGAGAGCGCGAGGACAGCGCCAACCUUUCGUUGGUGGCAUCAAACUAUUCACUUCUAGAUGAGUUCAGGAAAAGUGCGAUUCGUCAUGCUACCCGGAGCGAAUUAUGGAAGGGAAUAAAUGUGGACUGGAACUAUCCGGGAGACCCAUGCAGCAGUAACGUCUUCAACAUCCAGAACCUUUUCUUCCGGCUGAUCAGUUGGCUUAACUCCAGUGGUCUGCGCCUCAUUGUCAGCGUCCCGCCAGUGAAGUCGCGGCUCAGUCGCUACAGCCUCCCCAGUAAUGUCACCGCAGUCGACUACGUCAUCAUCAAGACACACACGCACACGGCGCCCCCACCACUGCGCAAUGUCGUCAGGUGCAGCGGCGACCAGAGAGCAGCGGCAGACGUUUUCAACGCAGCGCUCAGCACGUUCAACAUGACCGACACGGCGAAGCUGGGAUACAGCAUUUCGGUGGGUCCUGAGACUUUCAAGGCACCGGCCGCCCAGCUGGGAGCUCCUGUGCUGGGUAUGAUCAAAUGGGACAACAACACGCGUCAGCCCGGCCGGACUAGCUACGCCUCCGUAUGCCAUAUGCCUGUUCUCAGGAAUGCCUCGCAUCCUCAGUGCUUCAUCGUUGGCCGCUGGAUUGACAGUCAAAGUGUGCAUGUGGCGACGUUCGCCAACGAGACCGCGCUGCAGCAGCGCAUGAACCGCACGUACGCGGAUCAAAUGGCCAUGGCGCCCGUGGCCGUGUUCGACAUCGACCUGGACGACUUCGAGGGAAAGUGCACUGGCGUCAUGUCACCGCUCAUACGUGCCGUGGCCACGGGGCCCGGCUGACUUGUCGGUGACGACGGGGGACGUGCAGGGAUUGAUUGACCAGGAAGCGGCCUCACUCCCUCCACGAGACACGCCUCGCCAACGGCGCUGCUCAACAGGCGUGCGCUGAUCUCGGAGUUUCAUUCCGGAAGCAAAGGGAGUUGUUUCCCUAUGGUAAAUUAGCCACCUGGAAUUGAUGGCUCUUUUUUGCUGUUCUGAACGAAAAUCUUGUGUCAUAACGUAGGUGCGAGAUAGCGCAGACGAUCUAGUUCUUUUUUUUUUCUCCGCCAAUAAUAAACGUUUCUUUGACUUAAAA